CCGCGCUCGGUCGCUGUGUCCUAGCGCCACCGCCACCGCCACUCGGCCGCUCGCCGCCCGCCGCAGUUGCUGCCACCAGCGUACAUCUGAGUCGCCGCCGGAACCAGGGGCCACCAUGCACGUGAAGAAGUACCUGCUCAAGGGGCUGCACCGGCUGCAGAAGGGCCCGGGCUACAGCUACAAGGAGCUGCUGGUGUGGUACUGCAGCAACACCAACACGCACGGGCCCAAGCGCAUCAUCUGCGAGGGCCCCAAGAAGCAGGCCCUGUGGCUGCUGCUCACGCUGCUCUUCGCCGGCCUGGUGUGCUGGCAGUGGGGCGUCUUCGUCAGGACCUACCUGGGCUGGGAGGUCAGCGUGGCGCUCUCCCUGGGCUUCAAGACCAUGGACUUCCCGGCCGUCACCCUCUGCAACGCCAGCCCCUUCCAGUAUUCCAAAGUCAAGCACCUGCUGAGGGACCUGGACGAGCUGAUGGAGGCCGUGCUGGACAGGAUCGUGGCCCCCGAGCCGGGCCGGGCCAACGGCAGCCGCACCCUGAACUUGACCAUCUGGAACCACACGCCCCUGGUCCUCAUCGAUGAGCGGGACCCCCGCCACCCCGUGGUCCUCGACCUCCUGGGGCGUGACAACACCCUCAAUGGCUCAGCACACAGCAGCCCGGCCCCCGGAAGGACGUGUAGCGCCCAGGAGUGCAAAGUGGCCAUGAGACUAUGCAGCCUCAACGGGACCGCGUGCGCCUUCUGGAACUUCACCAGCGCCACCCAGGCCGUGACCGAGUGGUACGUGCUGCAGGCCACCAACAUCUUCUCACAGGUGCCGCGCCAGGACCUGGUGGCCAUGGGCUACUCGGCCCCGCGGAUGAUCCUGGCCUGCCUGUUCGGGACGGAGCCCUGCAGCCACCGGAACUUCACGGCCAUCUUCCACCCCUACUACGGCAACUGCUACAUCUUCAACUGGGGCAUGACGGAGAAGGCACUCCCCUCUGCCAACCCCGGGAGUGAAUUUGGUCUGAAGCUGGUGCUGGACAUAGGCCAGGAGGACUAUGUCCCCUUCCUCGCGUCCACGGCCGGGGCCCGGCUGCUGCUUCACGAGCAGAGGACGUACCCCUUUAUCCGAGAGGAGGGCAUCUACGCCAUGACGGGGACAGAGACCUCCAUCGGCGUGCUGGUGGACAAGCUGCAGCGCAUGGGCGAGCCCUACAGCCCGUGCACUGUGAACGGCUCCGACGUCGCCGUCCAAAACCUCUACAGCGACUACAAUACGACCUACUCCAUCCAGGCCUGUCUCCACUCGUGCUUCCAAGACCACAUGAUCCAUAACUGCAGCUGCGGCCACUACCUGUACCCGCUGCCCCAGGGCGAGAGCUACUGCAACAACCAGGAUUUCCCAGACUGGGCCCACUGCUACCUAGACCUGCGGAUGAGCGUGGCCCUGAGAGAGACGUGCAUCAGCAUGUGCAAGGAGUCCUGCAAUGACACCCAGUACAAGAUGACCAUCUCCAUGGCUGACUGGCCCUCUGAGGCCUCCGAGGACUGGAUUCUCCACGUCCUGUCUCAGGAGCGGGACCAGAGCCCCAACAUCACUGUGAGCAGGAGCGGCAUCGUGAAGCUCAACAUCUACUUCCAAGAAUUCAACUACCGCACCAUCGAGGAGUCCGCGGCCAACAACAUCGUCUGGCUGCUCUCCAACCUGGGCGGCCAGUUUGGUUUCUGGAUGGGGGGCUCCGUGCUGUGCCUCAUCGAGUUUGGGGAGAUCAUCAUCGACUUCCUGUGGAUCACCAUCAUCAGGCUGGUGGCCUUCCUCAGGAGCCUGCGGCAGAGGCGGGCCCGGGCUCCCCGCGACAGCCCCCCGCCCACCGUGGCCGAGCUGGUGGAGGCCCACACCAACUUCGGCUUCCAGCCCGACCCCGCCAGCCAGGCCGAGGGCUACCCCCACGGGCAGCCGCUGCCCAUCCCGGGCACCCCGCCCCCGAACUACGACUCCCUGCGCCUGCAGCCGCUGGACACCGUUGAGUCUGACAGUGAGGGUGACGCCAUCUAGACCCUGCCCCUGCCCACCCCGGGCAGCUCACGAACUUGAAGCUGAGAAGCUGAGACCCUGGCUCAGUGCCUUGCUGUAUGGUGCCCUCUCCAGAGAGCCAGGACCACCGGUGUCCAGAGCCCGUGCCCCCUCCGUAGAGAGGCCAGUAGCCACUGCCAGGCCCAGGCUGCAGGGUCCGCAGGGACACGGUGCAGGACGCCAGAACUGGGCUCUCUCCUGGCUCCUGCCCUUCCUGUCCUGGGCCGACCUGACCUGCCCUCUGGCUCUACAGACCCCUCUCCUGGUGUCAGGCCACUGUCAGUCACUGCCCCAGAGAUGCCAGGCGGGUCUACCAUGUUCCCCAGAAUCGGUGGCCUUUCCCUUCCUGGCCUUGACUGACCUCUGUGAACAGGCUUUUAGCAAAGGCAGCAGUGGAGGGGGGGGGGCAGGGAUAGCACCAGGAGUGGGGGCCUACAGGUGGCACAUGCGUCGUUCUACAAAAUAAAAGUGGAAGACAUGGCGUCCAGCUUUGUUCCUUGUCUUGGUGGGCAGCGGAGGUCCUCAGCGUGCCUGGGACAGGAAGGGCGUCUAUCCUGGCUUGAGAGCCAAGGUCUUAAGCAGAUCAAGAGCGUCUCUCUCUUGUGAUUCCUAUAGUUCCUUUCCAGCUGUUCCUGAAGCAGAGGCCUAGAGGCUUCUUCUUUUUUCGGGGGGAGAGGGGGUAGCAGGGAUUGAACUUGGGGCACUUGACCACUGAGCCCCACCCCCAGCCCUACUGUGUAUUUUAUUUAGAGACAGGGUCUCCCUGAGUGGCUGAGUGCCUUGCAGUUGCUGAAGCUGUCUUUGAACUCGCGAUCCUCCUGCCUCAGACUCCCGAGCAGCUAGGAUCACAGUGUGCCACAGCUAAUGGCUACAAUGCCACCCAACUAUUUCUUUGGGUUACAAGGACAGAGACAGCAACUCAAACCAGCUUAACCCAUCAAGUCUCAAGUUUUCAGUUCUGUGAAUGUUUCAAUGAAAUUGACACAGGUGCAUUAAAAGAGGUUAGAAGUCCCAGUCUAGAGCUCAUGUCUAUUAAAUAUUAACAUAAUUAUGUUACUAAUAAUUGUAUAUUGCAUACUAUGUUUAGGUUUUUGUAGUAUCUCACAUCAAGAACAGUGGGACGAAACAGGUUAAAGCAAGACACUCUCAAGCAGCUCAAACCGUUGGGUCUCCCUCUGCUCCCCCAAGGCCACCUCUCCUUGCAUUUUCAGCCCCGAGGCUGACGCUCAUUGGCCCCCGACUGGGUCACGUGCCUGUUUCUGAACCAAUGAGUGGUCCAGCUGGGUAGGCUGACCGACUGGUUGGCCCCCAGCGGAAUCACCUGGUCCCAGGUAAUGGGAAAUGGCUCCUCAGGUUGCCAGAGAAAAUUUAAGCUGCUCAGUUAAAUUGGAAUUUCAGAUAAAUAUAAAAAUGAUUUUAGGUGUAAGUACAUCCAUGCAAUAUUUAUCAUAUACUAAUAAACCAUUUGUUGUUUUUCUGAAAUUUAAA